AUGAAUUGUUACUUUCCAUGUUUGCUUAUUCAUUUUCUCCAGGCUUGCAUUGCCUCGACCACCCCACCCAAUAUCACAACUGAUCAAUCUGCUCUUCUUUCAUUGAAACCUCUAAUCACUUCAGAUCCCUUAGCCAAAAACUGGUCUCUGGCAUUUCCUGUAUGUCAAUGGACAGGAGUCACUUGUGGUGCUCGUCGACAAAGAGUCACUUCUCUGAAUAUUUCAAACAUGGGUUUUACAGGGAUGAUACCUCCAACCCUUGGGAAUCUAUCUUUCUUGGUUUCUCUCGACCUGAGUGGAAACGAUUUCGAUGGCCAACUACCCCAUGAAUUAGCACAUUUACGCCGAUUAAGAUUCCUUAAUCUAGGAAUCAAUGACUUCAGUGGAGAGAUUCCAUCAUGGUUUGGGUAUUCUUUCCCGAAACUCCAAUACCUGAACCUUGCAAACAAUAGUUUUCUCGGUUAUAUUCCACCCUCAAUAUUUUCUAAUAUAUCAACUCUAGAGCAGUUGCAGUUGUCAUUCAAUAAUCUAGAAGGGACUAUUCCAAAAGAGAUUGGAAAGCUUCACAAUCUGACGAAAUUGAUCUGCGAACGUAACCAGCUUUCAGGGUCUCUACCAUCUGAGAUCUUCAAUGUCUCCUCCCUUGAAAUAAUUGCAUUACGAGCCAACCAUCUAUCCGGUAGUCUUCCUAGUGAUAUGUGUCGCAGACUCCAGAAACUCUUCUGGCUUAACCUAUCGGAGAACAAGUUCAACGGUGAAAUACUAUCAACGUUGUCUCAAUGCUCAGCACUUCAAUCGCUAUCCUUGUCAUACAACAAUUUCACUGGGAUCAUACCAAAUGAAAUUGGGAACUUGACGGAACUCCAGCUUCUUUAUCUUGGUUCUAACAAUUUAGAUGGUACGCUAUUGUUUCUUGCCUCUAGGGAGGAGAUCGGGGCAGUUUGCAGAGGCAAUUUCAUGGUGUGGUCUGUAGCCGGCUCUGGUUGA